GCUUUCUGAGUGGAGUAUUACCGAUGUAUUUUAUGGCGUAGUAUAAAACAUGAACAUAUAUUGAGCUUUUGUUAACCACAGGCCUUAUUUCAAGCAUUUAACCAAAAACCCAUUGACUAGGGGAUGAUGGAUGUCCAGUACACAGGAAAAUUAAAUUAAAAUGUCGAGAUCAGGAAAAAAAUUAACUCGAGAUCAGAAGAAAACAACUAAGUAUAUUCAGAAGGGCACUACGAAGCCAGCGGCAGUGAAUGGGUUUGGUGUCUGAUGAUAUCGAUGCGCGUUGAAUCGCUCGGUGCUCCACUGAUGAUGCCUUUCUUCACCUCACGUGGAGGGGCUAUGCGCUAACAUGGCGGCGCCCAGUGGAGGUGUUGAACUCGUCAGUAAAAAGCCGACAGUGAAAGGCCUGAGGAGGGUUGCGAAUCAGAUUCCUGAUGAGAUUCUCAAAGACCCUGAGCUUCAAGAGGCAGUUAGUGUUCUGCCUUCCAACUACAAUUUUGAGAUCCACAAAACGAUAUGGAGGGUGAGACAGGCGAAAGCCAAAAGAGUGGCUUUGCAGCUUCCAGAGGGGCUACAGAUGUUUGCCUGUGUAAUUGCUGACAUUAUUGAGAGGUUUACAGGAGCAGACACACUGGUGAUGGGUGACGUGACGUACGGAGCCUGCUGUGUAGACGACUUCACUGCCCGAGCUCUCGGAGCGGACUUCAUGGUCCACUACGGACACAGCUGCUUGAUCCCCAUAGAUGCCACGGCAGGGAUCAAGAUGCUCUAUGUGUUUGUGGACAUCCAGAUGGACACGGCUCACUUCCUGGACACACUCCGGUUCAAUUUUCCCCCAGGGCACUCCCUCGCUCUCGUCAGCACCAUCCAGUUUGUGGCUGCACUGCAGGCAGUCAGUGCAGAGCUGAGGCCAGAUUACGAGGUUCUCGUGCCUCAGUGUCGUCCACUGUCUCCGGGAGAGAUCCUGGGCUGCACCUCCCCACGCCUCGACAAGCAUGUCAAUGCCAUCAUAUACCUUGGGGAUGGACGAUUUCACUUGGAAUCAAUCAUGAUCGCCAAUCCAGAUGUCCCAGCUUACAGGUAUGAUCCCUACAAUAAGGUUUUCUCUCGGGAGUAUUAUGACCACGAGGCCAUGCGUGCUAACAGACUGCAGGCCAUAGAGACGGCCCGCUCAGCCCAGAGGUGGGGUCUGAUUCUGGGCACGCUUGGUCGCCAAGGCAAUCCCAAAAUCUUAGAGCAUUUGGAGGAGAAGCUGAAGGCACUUGGCAGGUCAUUCACCAGGGUGCUCCUUUCGGAGAUCUUCCCAAGCAAGCUGGCGCUGAUGGCAGAUGUUGACACAUGGGUUCAGAUCGCAUGUCCUCGUCUGUCAAUCGAUUGGGGCACGGCAUUCUCCAAGCCCCUGUUGUCUCCCUACGAGGCAGCUGUAGCUCUACAGCAAGCAGAAUGGCAGGAGGUGUAUCCCAUGGACUUCUACUCCAAUCAGAGCCUGGGGCCUUGGACCCCUAAGCACCCAGACAACCAACCCCAGCGAACGACAAGCAAACAGCAGAAGGCAGACUCACACUGUGAGCGCACUUUCCCAUGUGGCUGCCAGCGCAAAUGAACAGCGCACUCACACAGCAGCAGCCAAUCAGUGCGCAGCCUUACCGUCUGCAGGAGACAGCCAAUCACAGGCCUGCGUGCACCUCUGUUGUCAGAGCAGAGGGGAUAUUGGCACACACAAAGCACUACAUCAAAUCCGUCCCUCUCAUAGUAUAGCAGGAGAGUGGUUCUGUGUGCCAAGGGUGAGAGAGAGAGAGAUGGAUUGAGUGAGAGAAAGAGAGAGAGAAAUGACCCUGAGAGCACGUCGUUUGUUUCAUAUCGCAGCAUGUGGGUGGCUUGUUAAACGCAAUCUUCUUGUCUCUGUCCUAGAAAGAUCCUGCCAGACACUUUGCAUUGUUGACCUUCAUGCUUUCAAUUGAAAGCGAAAUGGAAAUGCUCUGAGCAAAACGAUACACUUUUCUCUUUUAGCUGUCAUUGCGAGGUUCAGUGAGACAAAUUGCAGAACAUGUCAAACUUGGAGCAUGUUGUGUUGUGUUUUACCAAACGCAAUAUUUAAUGCACAAAGCCAAAUUAAAUCUUAUAACUGCCAAACAUUUUCCUGAGUAGGCGUAACUGCAGUGUAACACAGGACAGUGCAGCAUCUCGUAUCUGGAUGUGAGAAUGCAGCAUUCUGUGACUGGAUUCCAUGUCUAGACUUUUUAUGUACUGAAAUAGCCGACUGUUAAACAUUACUGAAGGCCCUCUUCAUUUAUUCAGUAACUUCAGUAGCCACUUUGUCAUGCUCAGGGUCACAGUGUAUCUGGAUCCUAUCGCAGAAACACUGGAUGGAUGCCUUUUUCAGCAGUGCAAAAGUUUGCAUACUCUUUCUUUCAAAUGAGGAAAUCAAGAAAGACAUUUGGUACACGUUUUGCAGAUAUUCAUUCGUUCAUUAUGACAAAGAAUGAUGCAGUUUGGCAUUUUUACAUUACGAUAAUCUUUUCAAAAAAUAUUAUGGCUUCACAGUAAAAACAAAUGAAAUUAUAAUUAAAAAUCCUUUUAAUAUUCAACAGCUCUGCUCACAUACAUGUAAUUUGAAACAUUAUACUUGUUUUAUCUUUCUACAUGCAAAGUGGCUUGUCUUAACCCUGUGUUUAAAAUGAACAAAAAGCAAAAAACAUAGUAAUAAUAAUAAAAGAUUUAAUCUUUUACCAA